AUGGAUCCCCGCUUUUCUGUCUCUCGGGACGAGUUGUACAACCUGCAGAUGGAGUUGAAGCAGGUCCAAUAUGCCCAAGCCAACCACGCGGAACGAAUCGUGAGACUAGAGAAGCGUCAGGCAGAUGACUCUGCACUGAAAUCUGUAUGGAACUCACCGUUUCCAGGAGUUCUGGCCGGGACGCCACAGCAUGGGCCCGUCCAAAUUUCAACGAAUGAUGUGUUCGACGACUUGGAUGAGCAGGGAGAGCAGCUGCUGGGCUCUCUACACUUGGGACCUGCAGAGGAGGAACCAGUUCGGCGCGGUGGUGCGGCUUCGCGAGCAAACAGCGUCCGGUUUGACGAGAGCGCGUUGCACGGCUCAAGCUGGGGUGCCCAAAACAACCGUCACUCUGGAGACUUUGGCGCAGUCCGUCCCGGAUAUAUGAUGGAACGGUCCCUGUCACACAAGUCAGACGGUAGGCAUAGCUCGGCCGGCCACUCGGUUCACUCGCACCAUUCUGUAGCGUCAGGCCGAGCCAGUAGCAUUGGCCUCGACACAAAUUUUGCCACGGGCGAUGAAGACGACGACGAUUCCUCCUUUGACAUGCCGGGGCUUCCAGCCUCCGUUUACGUCCUAGGAACGGUCCCUUCCAUUGUUCGCUGUUGGCUGACCACGGACUACGCUCACGGAACGCUGCUCUAUGCAGACAUUUGCACUGGAUCGCAAAAGUCCACAAUUGAUUAUUCGCUCGUAAAAGAGCUAGACUUUCUCAGCGAGUUCCACCGAGACGUCAAUGGAGUUUACAGGGCCAGGUUGGAUGUUUAUCUUGCAGAGGCCGUCAUCACACGCCAUAGCAGUCGGUCAGACUCCGCUGCAGGCUCGGUGCCCUCCAUGUCGGUUUGCUUCGAAAUGUGCGGCAGUGAACAGACGAAGCCGAAUCAGGUGUCGAAAGCCGUCCGCAUCUUCAUCGGAAGCGAUGCUCUGAGGGCACACGCGGCCGAUAUUCUAUUCUCUCAAAACACAAUGGUGCUCUAUAGCAACGAGCGAGACCGGUUGCGCGUUCCCUUUAUUCGCCCAGAGGACGAAGAGGUGUUCCGCCACAUCACCACCAGCAGCGCUGCGCCAGAACGGCCAAAGCUGAAUGCCAACGCCGCGCCAUUCGUCUUUGGAGACGGUACCCGGGCUGACGGCGAGGACAAGGCCGCGGCUGCACCGCUAACCGCAACAUCUACAGCGACUGCCACGACACCUACAUCAGCAACAGCAACAACCAAAGAGUCGGGAAGUAGCGAAACUAGAAGCCAGGCUUCCCCCGCUACAUCACAUUCCGAGCCUUCGGGCCGUGUUCGGGCGAAUAGUGUUCCCGAUUACGAGGAGGAAAAUGAAAAGUCUGGAGGAGACGCCAACGGCUCCGAGCGCCGGCGAAGAGACGGAUCAAGCGCGUCUGAAACUUCGCGACGAGGAACGUCGUCCGGCAUCUGGGGCUCUUGGCGCAACCCCAACGGCAGCGGAGCAGAUCAACGUGAGACUGGACCGCCUCUGAGCGGAUAUCAGCCUGCACCUCGGGGGCGCAACAUGAAGGUGCUCAAAGCCCAGAAAUCGGGGUCAUCAUCAGCACGCACCGGGGCGUCGUAUGAACCCCCGCUUCCGUCCAAGUCUGAGCUUGGCCGACGGAAGAGCCAGGUGAGCAUGAACGGUGAAAGUUCCACGGCUGCGAAUGGCGGCAUCAGGUGGGAUCUCAAGGGGCCAGCGACACCAGGUGAGGCAAAGGGUGAAGCAGCAAAGUCCGGUUCUAGCUCUGGUGGCCGGGCGGCCUCGACUUCAGUGUCGUUGCCCAGAUCGGCGAACAACCCGAUAGGAGCAGCGUCGGCCUUUCCUUGGAUGACACCACCGGCGAAGCCUACCAAGACGUCGCCGUCGGCAGAAUAA